AUGUGGCAGUCUUCACCUAAGCCAUGGGCCCUCUGGAGGUCCAACUAUCAGAGUGGUAUGGUCCACAGCAGGCCCAACCUCCAUCCAGAAUGCUGCAGCAAUCAUGCUGGUGAACCCCAUCGAAAAAGACGUUGCAACAAAUUCCGAGAGCAAGCACCCUGGUCUCAGUCACCUGCCAACACUUCUUCUCGACAUGAACAUGAACUGCUCCAAGAUCCCGUGCUGAAUGACAUUACCACCCCAGCACACUCCUACUUUCACCAUUACCUCAACUCUUCGGGACUCAUGGAUGUGAAUACCCAUGACUCUAUCACUCUCCGGGCCCUGCUGACACACCAUUGCUUCAGAGUGAAGCACAGGUGGAUACAAACAUGUUACAAAACCCAACAAUUCCACUCUCAAUCACUGGCAUUAAAAGCUCAAGGGGUUAAAACCCCUUCAGCUACUUACCUUAAUCAAGCGCCGGGAUCCCUCGGCGCUGGUAACCUCGCAUCCAACACCGACGUCAGCUCCAGCGCAUUCUAACAGUCCAUAGGAAAGCAUUUCUCAAUGCUUUCCUAUGGAUGUUCUGCACGCUGGAUGCAAAUUUUGCAUCCAUCGUCGCAGAAGCGCCUCUAGUGGCUGUCAGGAAGACAGCCACUAGAGGUUGGAUUGACCCAGUUUCUCUGAAACUGCUAUGUUUACAUGUGAAGAGUUAAAACAUUAGGGACCUGGCACCCAGACCACUUCAUUGAGCUGAAGUGGUCUGGGUGACUAUAGUGUCCCUUUAAGUAAGAGUUUUUUAACCUUUGUUAUUACUAAAUUGCACUUAGAUACUAUUCAGUUUGGGAUCCUUUGCCUCUUUAUCCUCUUGUACUGCACAGAAGUUCCUGGCAUUAUACCUGAUAGAAGGGAGACACCUGUCUUCAGGGCCGGAUUAAGAGCACAGUGGGCCUGGUGCUGACAAUUAUGAUGGGCCUAAUUACGGAAUCUUAUCGACCAAAAACACUAAAACAAUCAUACCUCCCAAGCGUCAUGUAUCUGAUGGUGCUGGAGGGAAACUCAUAGGAUGCAGCUAUAAGAAAACACAUACUCUAUGCUAAUCUCUCUCUAAUUUAUGCUUUCAUCUUUCAAGUAAAUCCAUAACCCCUAACAGCAGUGUCCAGUGAAGCAGGAAGUCAAUGGGCGGGUAAAAGGGUGUGCCACUGGCGCGAAUCACGUGACAAGACCUGCCAAAAGGGGUGAACAUGCCCAAAAAGGGGGCAUGUUUGUCCAAAGAAUUGGAAGGUCAGCCUGGUGUGAAUGCAUAUCAGGCUGCCUGCCAAUCCUGCAGGCUGUCCAACUAAGGGCAUACUAUGCAGGCAGCACCUUGAGCUUGACAUAAAUGCGUCUAAUGAUGCGCUCACUCCAUUCUUUCUAAGGACUGUCCCAUAGCACUCGCUGGUGCACUUGUCUCCUUACCUUCUUACUAGCAGGCAGAAGUUCCUGGUAUAUAGUCUGAGACAGAGAAAAGGUGUCUGUAGUGAGUAUAGAAGAAAGGGGACAUGCCACAGUGUUAGAGAGACCAACGUCUGCAUUACCUAAACUAACUUUAAUGUCAGCCAGUGCACACAAGUUUUGUUCCCAUACAUCCCUCUUAAGCUUCCAAACUUAAAGGGACACUAUAGUCACCAGAACAACUACAGCUUAUUGUAUUUGUUCUUGUAAGUAGAAUCAUUCCAUUCAGGCUUUUUGCAGUAAACACUGUCUUUUCAGAGAAAAUAACUCCACUGGCCGCUCCUUAGAUGGCUGCUAGAGGUGCUGGGGAAGUACUGCCUAGUGUGCAGCACUGCCAUUCAGUGUCUCCACCCUCUGCAUGCAGACACUGAACUUUCCUCAUAGAGAUGCAUUGAUUCAAUUUAUCUUUAUGAGGAGAUGCUGAUUGGCCAGGGCUAUGUUGGACUUGUGCUGGCUCUGCCCCUGAUCUGCCUAGUUGACAGUCUCAGCCAAUCCUAUGGGGAAGUAUUGUAAUUUGCUCAGACCACCAUUUCUGAGCCAGCAGCUGCAGAAUUGAAUACAAGUAAUAUUUUACUAUAUUAAGGGAGGCAAGAAGGGGCCAGGGUGGUGGUUUUAACAUAAUAGGGUCAGAAAUACAGGAUUGUGUUCCUGACCCUAUAGUCCUCCUUUAAGCAAGAGUAUGUGAAGAGUAGUUAAGGUUUCCACCUUUCUUGGGAAAAAAUACCAGCCUUAAUCAUUUGUAUAAUUAAUUAGUUAUGCGUGACAUCACAUGAUGUAAAUCACAAGGAGUGAUAUCAGAAAAAAUUCUGUAAAAUCACCAACAAACUACUCACAGUUUGAUUCUGCUGUAUAGAUGGAUUGCUCCCAGUGUCUCCUUGUCUCCCAGUGUCUCAGUCUCGCAAGUCACCUAGUGUCUCAGUGUCCCUAUGUAGCACAGUGUCACUGUCCCCAUGUCGCCCAGUCCCCUAGUCUCCCAGUGUCUGUGUCCCCAUUUCUACCAGUGUCCCAAUGUCUCAGUGUGUCCCCAUGUCACUAGGAUACUGGGGACACUGAGAGACAUGGGGACACUGAGAGACCCGGGGACACAGAGAAAUGGGGACACUGGGAGACAUGGGGACACUGAGACAUUUAGGGAAACUGGGAGAAAUGGGGACACUGAGACACUAGGGACACAUACACUGGGAGACAUGGGGACACUGAAACAUUUGGGGACACUAAGACACUAGGGACAAAGACAUGGGAACACAGACACUGGGAGACUAGGGGACACUGGCUGGGAGACAGACACUUGGGGACACUGGGAGACAUGGGUACAGUUGUGGACAUAGACAUGUGGACACUGGGAGACAUGGGGACACCAGGCACACUGAGACACUAGGAACACAGACACUGGGAGACAUGGAGACACUGAAACAUUUGGGGACACUAAGACACUAGGGACACAGACACUGGGAGACUAGGGGACACUGGGAGACUAAGGGAUACUGGGAGACUAAGGGACACUGGCUGGGAGACAGUUGUGGACAUAGACAUGGGGACACUGGGACACAGGAGGACACUAGGCACACUGAGAGACAUGGGACACAGACACUGGGAGACUUGGGGACACUGAGACACUAGGGACACUGGCUGGGGGACAUAGUGUCUCCGUGUGCCAAUGUCUCAGUGUCUACCAAUGUCCCUAUGUCUCACAGCGUCUCCAUGUGUCUCAGCAUCCCCAUGUGUCUCAGUGUCCCCAGGUCUCCCAGUGUCUGUGUCCCCAUGUGUCCUAGUGUCUCAGUGUCCCCUAGUGUCUCAGUGUCCCCUAGUGUCUGUGUCCCCAUGUGUCCCCGAGGGUCUAUGUCCCCUAGUGUCUCAGUGUUGCCAUAUGUCCCCAAGUGUCUCAGUGUCCCCUAGUGUCUCAGUAUCCCCAUGUUUUCCAGUGUCCCCAAGUGUCUCAGUGUCCCCUAGUGUAUGUGUCAUCAUGUGUCCACUAGUGUCUGUGUCCCCUAGUGUCUCAGUGUCCCCAUAUGUCCCCUAGUGUCUCAGUGUCCUCAUGUGUCCCCUAGUGUCUCAGUGUCCCCAUGUGUCCCCUAGUGUCUGUGUUCCCAUGUGUCCCCUAGUGUCUGUGUCCCCUAGUGUCUCGGUGUCCCAUAUGUCCCCUAGUGUCUCAGUGUCCCCAUGUGUCUCCUAGUGUCUCAGUGUCCCCUAGUGUCUCAGUGUCCCCAUGUGUCCCCUAGUGUCUCAGUGUCCCCAUGUGUCCCUGUGUCCCUGCUGCCUUUCCCCCCAUCCCUCACUUACCUGAGCUGUAGAGCUGCUGUCUGGACUCUCUGUGCUGUGUAGCUGCUCCCCCAUGGAUCAGUGAGUAGUAGAGAGAGGCAGGGAUAUUCUGUAACUUCCUAUCCCUGACUCUCUCCACACACAGUGACCCCUACUGGGCGGUGCUGGUAUUGCAGAGUAAUUUACAUUUAUUCUGAGAAAAUUACCUGCAUUUGUAUUGCCGGUAUUACUGUAAUACCGGCACGGCCAGGCAGCCUCAAAUACCGUCUGUGCCAUUAAAAUACCAGUCAGGUGGCAAACCUAAGAGUAGUGUGUGUAAAAAAAAAAAAAAAAUUUUUUUUUUUUUUGUAAUUUUUUUUUUUAAUUUUUUUUUUUUUAAUGGGCCUAUUCCAUGGGCCUGGGCCUGGAGCUGCAGCUCCAUCAGCCCCUAUGUUAAUCCGGCCCUGGUCCCAUGACCCACUAGUGAUGUCAUUGUGGGCAGCGUUAUUAUAUAGCGUCGCCAUGCAGUGGCCCACGUUCCUAACAUUGGACCUGACCGUUGAGUUACAAACUGCACAGAGGAUGAGGCUCUGGAGGUAAGGUGAGCAACCUCUCCCUCCUUUAGUGUGAAUGCACUGAUCAGAUGCGGUCACAUCGUGGUGCUGAUCGGGCACUGCGAUAGCGUGACCACACCGAUCUGGUGCGGUAACACUGAGGUGCCGAUCAGUCAGACACAGUCAGAGAUAUGGCUUUUUCUAUGUAACUCUAUCUAGAAGGUGUAAUAGCGUGACCGGGCCCCUUUAAAAAUUUGCAGCCUCAAGUAGUGCUGGGAGGAAGUGACGGCUGGUCACUUCCUCUCAACUCCCUCCGUGCGGGAGGGAAGAGACAGGCCGCGAGGAGGGGAGAGCCAUGCCGACUCCCAUCAGCCCAAGCCACCCUCCUGCAAAAAAGGUAAGAAAAAUUAGAUGUGUGUGUAUGUCAGUAUGUAUAUAUAUCUGUAUGUGUAUGUAUGUCAGUAUGUGUAUGUACGUAUGUCAGUCUCUAUGUAUAUAUGUAUGUGCAUGUUUUUCGGUAUGUAUGUAUGACAGACAGACAGUCACUAUGUCUCUGUCUGUCUGUCUAUCUGUGUGUAUGUAUGUCAGUAUGUAUAUCUGUCUGUGUGUAUGUAUGUAUGUAUGUCUCUCUGUCUGUAUGUAUCUGUAUGUAUGUUUAUAAAUCUAUCUGUAUGUAUGUGUUUUUAUUUCAUUACGUAUGUAUGUCAACAUGUAUGUAUCUGUAUGUAUGUGUUUAUGUCAGUAUGUAUGUAUCUGUAUGUAUGUCAGUAUGUAUCUAUCUGUAUGUAUGUGUAUGUAUUUCAGUAUGUAUGUAUGUCAGUAUGUGUAUGUAUAUGUCUGUCAGUAUGUAUGUCUGUCAGUAUGUAUGUGUGUGUAUGAAUGUCCUUAUGCGUGUGUGUGUGUGUGUGUGUGUGUGUCUGUAUGUAUGUUAGUAUUUGUCUGUGUGUCACUAUGCAUUUGUGUGUCUGUAUAUGUCUCUGUGUCUGUUUCAGUAUGUGUGUGUGUCAGUAUGUGUGUAUCUUUGUGUGUGUGUGUGUAUCUGUGUCCUUUUUGUAUCAGUGCGUGUGUUUGUGUCUUUGUGUGUGUGUGUGUACCCGUGGGCGGGGUCUGGAGGCGGCAUUUGGGGACGGGCUUGGAGCUAGGACCUUGUGUUAGGGGCCCAGAAUUUUCUGAUGGCGGCCCUGUUGACGUCUAAACUGCUGUUUUGUGGGUACUAUUUAAUGAAACUGCCAGUUUAGGACCUGUGAGACGUCUGUUUCUCAAACUAAACAUUUUAAUGUAUUUGUCCUCCUGCUCAGUUUGGCAUCAGGGCCUCUCAUUCCUCUUUCUAUUCUGGUUAGAGCCAGUUUGUGCUGUUUUAUGAAGCGACUUGUACACAGUAUUGUACAAGGUCUACAGUUUUUGGCAAUUUCUCAUAUGGCAUAACCUUCAUUUUCAGAAUAUGAAUAGACUGAUGAGUUUCAGAUAUAAAAUCUGGACAUUUUGAGCCUAAUAUGGAACCCACAAUGGCUGAUGCUCCAGAAACACAACCAAUCUAAUAAAUGCCAGUUUGUUGCUUCUUUAAUCAGUACAACAGUUUUCAGAUAUGUUAACAUAAAGCUUUUCUUAUGAUCAGUUGGAAUUUUUAAAUGAUAAACAAGGAUAGCAAACACUACCAUUGGAACACAAACGCUGAUGGUUGCUGUUUCCAGCUACAAUAGUCAUAUACAACAUUAACAACGUCUGCAAUAUAUUUCUGAUCAAUUCGGUGUUAUUCUAAAGGAUACAAAAUAGCUUUUCUUUUGAAAUCAAGAAAAUUUGUAUGUAACCCCAAACCUUUAAACAGUAUUGUACAGGGAGUGCAGAAUUGUUAGGCAAGUUGUAUUUUUGAGGAUUAAUUUUAUUAUUGAACAACAACCAUGUUCUCAAUGAACCCAAAAAACUCAUUAAUAUCAAAGCUGAAUAUUUUUGGAAGUAGUUUUAGUUUGUUUUUAGUUUUAGCUAUGUUAGGGGGAUAUCUGUGUGUGCAGGUGACUAUUACUGUGCAUAAUUAUUAGGCAACUUAACAAAAAAACAAAUAUAUACCCAUUUCAAUUAUUUAUUAUUACCAGUGAAACCAAUAUAACAUCUCAACAUUCACAAAUAUACAUUUCUGACAUUCAAAAACAAAACAGAAACAAAUCAGUGACCAAUAUAGCCACCUUUCUUUGUAAGGACACUCAAAAGCCUGCCAUCCAUGGAUUCUGUCAGUGUUUUGAUCUGUUCACCAUCAACAUUGCUUGCAGCAGCAACUACAGCCUCCCAGACACUGUUCAGAGAGGUGUACUGUUUUCCCUCCUUGUAAAUCUCACAUUUGAUGAUGGACCACAGGUUCUCAAUGGGGUUCAGAUCAGGUGAACAAGGAGGCCAUGUCAUUAGAUUUUCUUCUUUUAUACCCUUUCUUGCCAGCCACGCUGUGGAGUACUUGGACGCGUGUAAUGGAGCAUUGUCCUGCAUGAAAAUCAUGUUUUUCUUGAAGGAUGCAGACUUCUUCCUGUACCACUGUUUGAAGAAGGUGUCUUCCAGGAACUGGCAGUAGGACUGGGAGUUGAGCUUGACUCCAUUCUCAACCCGAAAAGGCCCCACAAGCUCAUCUUUGAUGAUACCAGCCCAAACCAGUACUCCACCUCCACCUUGCUGGCGUCUGAGUCGGACUGGAGCUCUCUGCCCUUUACCAAUCCAGCCACGGGCCCAUCCAUCUGGCCCCUCCAGACUCACUCUCAUUUAAUCAGUCCAUAAAACCUUAGAAAAAUCAGUCUUGAGAUAUUUCUUGGCCCAGUCUUGACGUUUCAGCUUGUGUGUCUUGUUCAGUGGUGGUCGCCUUUCAGCCUUUCUUACCUUGGCCAUGUCUCUGAGUAUUGCACACCUUGUGCUUUUGGGCACUCCGGUGAUGUUGCAGCUCUGAAAUAUGGCCAAACUGGUGGCAAGUGGCAUCGUGGUAGCUGCACGCUUGACUUUUCUCAGUUCAUGGGCAGUUAUUUUGCGCCUUGGUUUUUCCACACGCCUCUUGCGACCCUGUUGACUAUUUUGAAUGAAACGCUUGAUUGUUCGAUGAUCACGCUUCAGAAGCUUUGCAAUUUUAAGAGUGCUGCAUCCCUCUGCAAGAUAUCUCACUAUUUUUGACUUUCUGAGCCUGUCAAGUCCUUCUUUUGACCCAUUUUGCCAAAGGAAAGGAAGUUGCCUAAUAAUUAUGCACACCUGAUAUAGGGUGUUGAUGUCAUUAGACCACACCCUUCUCAUUACAGAGAUGCACAUCACCUAAUAUGCUUAAUUGGUAGUAGGCUUUCGAGCCUAUACAGCUUGGAGUAAGACAACAUGCAUAAAGAGGAUGAUGUGGUCAAAAUACUCAUUUGCCUAAUAAUUCUGCACUCCCUGUAUAAUGCAUUAAGAUAAAUGUGUUAAUUUCAGUCUGAAGUAUUCCUAUAACGAUAAUGUUCACACAUUACCAUAACUCCCAUGUAGCGGCCCCUUUGGCAUUGAGUAAAUAACGAGAGGAGAGCCUUCUGACGGGGGCAGUACUUUUAUUCUUUUGCACCAAAGGUGUGCAGGAGGGUUGAGCACCACCAAUGUUAAUCUCUUUAACACCUUGAGCACCGUGAAACUUUAGUGAAAGUUAUUUGUUAUAGCUGCUACGUGCACUUUUAGUGGAUACUGUGAAACCACAAAGAAAAAACAAGAUACCAAGCAGUGAGUCAGAAUGCAACAAACUCCAACACUACUUGAUAUAAGUGCAGCACUAAAGUGUGAUAGUAAUACAACUUAUGCACUUACCCCUUACAAUACACACGGGGUAUACAUAUAAAAUAAACAGAGUAGUAUUGUACAAUAAUCCUUUAGUGAGAAGUACGUAGAUGAAAAGGAAACUCACAUUUUAAAGAGCCUUUUAUAAGGGUAUAGGCUCUAAACACAUCAGCCACUCUGCCUUUUAGGGUAGGCAGUAACACCUGGGAGGUAGGGGUUGUUCCUUUCUUCCCUCUGUCAAUGGAUUUUAUCUCCAAAUAAAUCACAAAAGAGAUUUCCUGGUGCAGAUUAUCUUAAACCAGAUGGUGCAGAAUUUAUAUAUAAGCUCAAUGCUCUCCUUUUACAGAGGCUUUUGGUGACUGGCUCUAAGUACUGCAGGCAUGGGUGUCAAUUAGGGGGUGAUACUUCCCUCAACCGGAUACCAAAUAUGAGGAGGAGAUGAGAUAUAGCUAACUUAAAAUUACAGUUUAUUAGACAAGAAAAAUAAAUAAAAUAAAUAUAACAAUAUAAAAGUAGCAUAUAUAAAUACUAAGUGUUCUCUCUCUCCUCUUCCGUCAGAGACGCGUUUCGCCGUCCUUUUCGGCUUCCUCAGUCUGUGUUUGUAAGUCUGCUGGUGUCCGGUUUUAAAGCUCCUCUUCCCGCCUUUCUUCCCCGUUAUUCGUGCGGCUGA